UCAAAAAAAAUAUUUUAAAGAUUGGAAUUGUGCCAGAAACAUGAAAUGCCUUAAAAGUUGUCAAACAAUAGAUGAAUGUAAAAUUGGGUGGAUAUGCAGUAAUAAUGAGAAAGUUUGUGUUAAAGAAGGUUGUCGUUGUCGAUCAGGAGAAAGUUGUGUUAGAGGCCGUUGUAUUCCAGGAUGGAUAGCUUCUAGACUUGAUUUUGAUUGA